AUGAAUAAUAGCGACGCUGGGACUACAAUGGAGCAAUUUGCAAAAAUGCCCAUUUUUGUGGGACUUCUAAUUAAAAUAACUGCCCAGCUGCUGUCCCAUCCGAUGGAGCUGAUUCGAGUGAAUAUCCAGGCGAACGUAAUCCAUAUUAAUCGGAUAAGUAUGAAAAAUAUGUUCCAGUUGAUGGCCAGGCAUGGAUUACCAGGAUUUUACUACGGGAUUGUGGCGUCCAGUUUGAGGUGUACUGUUCAUACAUUCUCCACAUACACUAUGUUCUAUACCCUAAAGGACAACAAGUAUGUGUUGAUGUUUAAACCGUACAACACUACUGCGGUCGUAGGCCUAACCGGAUUUUGGGGCGGCCUUCUGGCUACACCCUUUGCCAAACUUGCGGUCAUAAGGCAGGCGGAUUUAACGCGUGGAUCAUUCCAAAGACGCAACUAUCGGAAUUUCUGGCGAGGACUUAAAUGCAUGUACAUGAAGGGCGGAUUGAAAUACUUAUUUAAUGGUUGGAAGAUAAACUCUUUUACUAGCACCGCCGUGGCAAUGCUUUAUAAUCCCGUUAGGGAUCAGGUCUAUGCCCUGACAUCCUGGACACAAGUAAUAAAAGAGCCGUGGCUUAGCGAUCUCAUAAUAGCAGCGCUUACCGGCAGUAUUAUUACGCUUAUUAUGACUCCUCUGGAUGGACUAGCUAUCCUAACUUUGAAUGAAUCCUCCCAAUACCACCGCAGUCCAUACAAACUUCUGUGCAAAAAGAUUAUACGAAAACAUGGUUAUCAAGGUUUCUUUUUUGGAUGGAAACCGGCGCUUAUUGCUCUUGUUCCACAUACCAUAUUGGCAACAUUUGUGUAUAGUAUAUUAACAUAA